ACAUCACCGUCGCCACCCACCGUAUCAGUGGAACUCCCCUCCCCUGUUAAACCAACCGCCGCCGCGGUCAAGCUUGGCUUCUGACUUGAGAAUCCUCGCCUUGCACCUCGACAUGCAAAAGCGAAUGCACGAACGGAGGCACGGGGGCAAACAGUGCCGGCGAGUAAAAAUUGCAGCCCGUCAUAGCUGUUCCGGUGGGGAUUGAGCACUGAGCAGUUAGCGCGUCGGGACGCGUUCCGGUUUGCGCCGAACAGAGCCAUGGCUGCGGGCGUGCGGGCGCCAUUAGCUCUGCUACUUUCCCUUCCCCUGCUCGUUACUCUCUUCUCCUCCCGGGCCUCCGCGGCUGAUGACACCAUCGCCGCCAACUCCUCCCUCGCCGACGGCGAGACGCUGGUUUCGGCGGGUGGGGUCUUCGAGCUGGGCUUCUUCACCGCGGCGAGCUCGACGGCGAGGUUCUUGGGCAUCUGGUACAUGGGGAUCGCUCCCCAAACCGUUGUCUGGGUCGCCAACCGGGACGCGCCGAUCAAUGGUACCACGGCGAGCCUGGCCAUCGACGCCACCGGCACUCUGGUGAUCGCCGAUCGCUCAUCAGGUCGUGUGUUCUGGUCGUCGGCGCCGUCGAACGCGAGCGCCACCGGCGCGCCGGUGGCCCAGCUGCUGGACAGCGGCAACGUCGUGCUCCGGGACGGCGGCGGCGAUGGCGCCGCCGUCCUGUGGCAGAGCUUCGACCACCCGUCCGACACCCUGCUCCCGGGCAUGAACCUCGGGUGGGACCUCACCACCGGGCUCGACCGGCACCUCACGACGUGGCGGAGCCCCGGCGACCCGUCGCCGGGCGACUACACGUUCGGGAUCGACAUCCGCGGCGUGCCCGAGGGGUUCAUACGGUACGGCGGCGCCGGCGGCGCGCCGCCGGUGUACCGGAACGGGCCGUGGAACGGGCUGCAGUUCAGCGGCGAACCGGAGAUGGAGCCCAACAACAGCAACUUCCGCUUCGAGUUCGUCGCCAACGCCACCGACGUGUACUACACGUUCCUGGUGGACGCCGGCGGCGGCGGCGCCGUCGUGUCGCGGUUCGUGCUCAACCAGUCCAGCGUCCAGCGCUACGUGUGGCCGCCGGGCGCCCAGGCGUGGAGCCUCUACUGGUCGCUGCCGCGGGACCAGUGCGACCGCUACGCGCAGUGCGGCGCCUUCGGUGUCUGCGACACCAGUAGCGGCUCGCCGGCGUGCGGCUGCGUGCGCGGGUUCGCGCCGGCGUCGCCGCAGGACUGGGCGCUCAGGGACGGCUCCGCCGGCUGCCGGCGCAUGACGCCGCUCAACUGCACCGGCGACGGGUUCCUGCCGCUGCGCGGGGUGAAGCUGCCGGACACCACGAACGCGACGGAGGACACGGCCAUCAGCAUCGACCAGUGCAGGCAGAGGUGCGUGGCCAACUGCUCCUGCCUGGCCUACUCUGCCUCCAGCAUCAAGGGUGGCGACAGCGGCUGCAUCAUCUGGAGCUCGCUGCUGAUAGACAUCAGGCAUUUCGCUUACGGUGGCGAGGAUCUGUACGUCCGUCUUGCGGCUUCCGAUCUGCCUUCUAAUGGAGACGGUUCCAGGAAGAACAUCGUAGUCGUAGUUUUCGUAAGCUUAUCGGUCCUUGUCCUCUUCGGGUUCGUCGGAUUCUUCAUCUGGAACAAGUUUUUCAGAAACAGAGGGAGGUUUCAGAGUGCUCAGAGGUUCAACUCGUUUGACUCCAGUAUCCCACUUACUCCGGUCCAGGACAGGAAGCUGGAUGAUGAAUCCGGUCAGAACAAAGACCUUAACGUCACGCUGUUUGACAUGGCAACCAUAGCUUUCUCCACGAACAAUUUCGCGACAUGGAACAAGCUUGGAGAAGGUGGCUUUGGCUCCGUCUACAAGGGGAAACUGGAAGGAGGGCAGAUGGUGGCGGUGAAGCGGCUGUCCAAGUACUCGACGCAGGGCUUGGACGAGUUCAAGAACGAGGUCAUGCUCAUCGCCAAGCUGCAGCAUGUGAACCUCGUCAGGCUCCUGGGCUGCUGCAUCCAUGGAGAGGAGAGGAUGCUGGUGUACGAGUACAUGGAGAACAAGAGCCUCGACAACUUUAUCUUUGACAAGGGUCGAUCAGCGCAGCUGAACUGGUCGAAGCGGUUCGACAUCAUCCUGGGCAUCGCACGGGGGCUCCUGUACCUGCACCAGGACUCCCGGUACAAGGUGAUCCACCGGGACCUCAAGGCCGGCAACAUCCUCCUGGACAAGGACAUGAACCCCAAGAUCUCCGACUUCGGCGUGGCCAGGAUCUUCGGCGACGACACCGACGCGCGCACCAGGAAAGUCGUCGGGACAUACGGGUACAUGUCCCCGGAGUACGCCAUGGACGGCGUCUUCUCGGUGAAGUCCGACGUGUUCAGCUUCGGCGUGCUGGUGCUGGAGGUCGUCAGCGGCCGGAAGAACCGGGGCGUGUACGGCAGCGGCGAGCAGGCGAGCCUCCUCAGCCAGGCGUGGAGGCUGUGGAGGGAGGGAAACGCGGUGGCGCUGCUGGACGAGGCGGUGGCCGGCGCCGUCGCGUACAGGGGAUCGGAGGUGCGGCGGUGCGUGCAGGUGGCGCUGCUGUGCGUGCAGGAGCGGCCCGACGACCGGCCGCACAUGGCGGAGGUGUUCCUGGCGCUGGGCAACCCAGCUGCCGUGCUCCCGCAGCCGAGGCACCCGGGGUUCUGCAGCGACCGGGGGUCCACGUCCACCGACGGCGAGUGGUCGUCCACCUGCACCGUCAACGACGUCACCGUCACUAUCGUCGAAGGCCGGUGACGCCACGUGGCGUUAGCCUUUGAGCCGAGCAGUUGGAGGAUUUCGUUCGUGCCUUGCGAAACUUGCGGUUUGUGUGAAUGUGCAAGGAGAACAUGCCAUUGGGCCGGCCUCUCGUAAGCCUGGUAGCUAGUGUUGGGCUGGGUGGCAUGGGCUGUGUUGCGGUUUCUUGGUCGAAGACAACAGUGUUUGAUUAUCGGAUCUGAUCGAUUGAAAUUGAAAUAA